GAGAGAGCCAAGUUUGAUGGCAUUUUUGAAAGCCUUUUGCCUGUCAACGGUUUACUUUCAGGAGACAAAGUGAAACCAGUGUUGAUAAACUCCAAGCUGCCUCUGGAUGUCCUGGGCAGGGUUUGGGAUCUGAGUGACAUCAAUAAGGACGGCCACUUGGACAGAGAUGAGUUUGCAGUGGCGAUGCACCUAGUCUACCGAGCCCUGGAGAAGGAACCUGUCCCCUCCGUGUUACCCCCGUCUCUCGUGCCCCCCACCAAGCGGAAGAAGGCUCCUGUCAUCUUCCCUGGGGCAGUGCCAGUGCUUCCAGCUAGCCCUCCGCCCAAGGAUAGCCUGCGCUCCACCCCAUCCCACGGCAGCAUCAACAGCCUCAAUAGCGCUGGCAGCCUCUCUCCCAAGCACAGCCUCAAGCAAGGACAGCCCCCAGCAAACUGGGUGGUGCCACUGACCGACAAGGUUUGUUACGACGAGAUUUUCUUGAAGACGGACCUGGACCUGGAUGGCUUUGUCAGUGGCCUGGAAGUGAAGGACAUCUUCAUGCACUCGGGACUCUCCCAGAACUUAUUGGCCCACAUCUGGUAGGACCUUUUUUGUUCCUUGUUCUG